AUGCAAUUACCACAAAUCCACAAUGUUUUCUCUAAAAGACAUGCCCUCCACGGCGUCCACGCUGUUCUCCGCCUAUGCUUCCGUCGCCGCCUCCAUGAUGCUGGUCCGGUCCAUGGUCAACGAGAUCGUCCCCCACGAGCUCCGCGCAUAUCUCGGCUCCGCCUUGAACUACCUAUUCACCCCCCUCUCCUCCACUCUCACCCUCGUCAUCGACGAGUGCUCCGGUAUGACCCGCAACCAGCUCUACGAAGCCUCCGACGUCUACCUGCGCACCAAGAUCAGCCCCGCCACGGAGCGCCUCCGAGUCAGCAAGACCCCGCGCCAAAAGCACAUCAGCGUGGCCAUCGAGAAGGGGGAGGAGAUCAACGACAGGUUCGAGAACUUCCACGUCAAGUGGCGGUUCAUCUGUACCGAACCCAAGAACCAACGCUCCGGCGAGAAGCGCUUCUUCGAGCUGAUAUUCAACAAGAAGUUCAAGGACCAAGUGCUCAAUUCUUACCUGCCCUACGUUCUUCUCAGAGCCAGCGCUAUCAAAGAACAAGAGAAGGUUGUCAAGCUGUAUAACCGCGAUUGUCCGGCCGACGACAUGGACGGAGGGGGUUCGGGCAUGUGGGGUUCCGUCAAUCUGGAGCAUCCGGCCACAUUCGACACUUUGGCCAUGGACCCAGAGCUCAAAAAGGCCAUCGUUGACGACUUGGACAGGUUUGUGAGGAGGAAGGAGUUGUACAAGAAGGUGGGUAAGGCUUGGAAGAGAGGCUACUUGUUGUACGGUCCCCCUGGUACGGGUAAAUCGAGCUUGAUUGCGGCCAUGGCCAAUUACCUCAAGUUCGACAUCUAUGAUUUGGAGCUGACCAGUAUUUACGGCAACUCCGAUCUGAGGAGGAUUUUGUUGUCCACCACCAAUCGGUCUAUUCUGGUGAUUGAGGAUAUAGAUUGCAGCGUGGAGAUGCAAGAUCGCCAAAAUCCUCACGAGCUUCAAGCUUGUUCCUCCAAGUUGACGCUUUCAGGUCUACUGAACUUCAUUGACGGUUUGUGGUCAAGCUGUGGCGACGAACGGAUUAUUGUGUUCACCACGAACCACAAGGAUCGGCUUGACCCUGCCUUGCUGCGUCCUGGUCGAAUGGAUGUGCACAUUAACAUGUCAUACUGCACUAGUCAUGGGUUCAAAAUCUUGGCCUCUAAUUACCUCGGCAUUCAUCAGCGCAGCACCCACCACCUCUUUGGAGAAAUCGAAGGCCUAAUAGACAGCACAGAGGUCACCCCAGCCGAGGUUGCCGAGGAGCUAAUGAAGAGUGAUGAUGCCAAUGUUGCUUUUGGAGAGCUUGUUAAUUUGCUCAAGCGUAAGAAGGUUGCAAGCAAUGAAAUUAAAAAUGAAGAAGGGACUAAGAAGACUGGAGAAGAUCAUGAAGCAAAGAGGUUGAAACUGAUGAGAAUUGCUAGAAAUUUUAGGAGAAAAGCUGUGAGAGGAAGAGGAAGAGGUCGAGGUCGCAGCCGAUGAGCCGACAAGUGUAAAACAUUUUGAGAAAUGCUACACUUUUUCAGUAGUUAGUUAUCAAAUGAAACAAUAAAUUUCAUGUAAUGGUGACAUAUCAUUUAGAAAGCAAUGUGUGAUAGUUGUAGGAUAAAAAUGUGGUAUAUACAAAACAGAUUUGUGUCGAAAGAA